AUGAACUGGCUAACAGCCCUCGGCCUAGCCGCCGUGGUCAUUCCCUCGCUCUACAUCUACACCGUCUCCAUCGUCGCCACCCGGUUUCCCGUCCUGCGCAACAAGCGGAUCUGCUUGCUGAUUGCCCACCCAGACGAUGAGGCCAUGUUCUUUGCGCCGACGGUGCUGGCGCUCACGAGGCCGGAGACGGGGAACCAUGUCAAGAUUCUGUGUUUGAGUAGUGGCGACGCAGAAGGCCUCGGCCCCACGCGCAAGCGCGAACUCGCCAAAUCCGGCGUCCUCCUCGGCCUGCGCUCCGCCUCGGACGUCUUCGUGAUCGACUCUCCCUUUUUUCCCGAUAGCAUGACCACGACGUGGGACCCGGAGCGCAUCUCGCACUUGUUAGCAUCAGCAUUCGCUCCCGAGCUGAUUGAGGCCACCAACCCGGCUUUUGCUGCUGCCGUCAGCAGCUCUACCUCCCGAACAGCAUUAUCGAAAGACAGCAAGAAGAGAAAUGGGAAAGGAGAGAUGGUGAAGCCGACGAUUGACAUGAUUAUCACCUUUGAUCAGCACGGAAUCUCGGGACAUCCGAAUCAUAUCUCUUUGUACCAUGGUGCACGGUUGUUUGUGAGCCAGUUGUUGGCUGCUACGACUGGAAAAAACAAAGAGGGAAAGGGACAAGGGCAGGUCGAUAUCUACACACUUCCCACGCUAGACAUUUCCAGGAAGUACAGCGGGAUCCUCGACGCCCUUCCUACCCUGCUGGAAUGGGUGUGGUCAGCGGGCAUCACGAGAAAGGACAAGCAGGAACGGCCGGGGGCGUUGGUGUUUAUGAAUAACUUGGUACCUGGUGGUGCAGGGUGGGCGAGCGUGGAUAAAGCGUGGAAGGCCAUGACGCAGGCGCAUGUGAGCCAGAUGAGGUGGUUCAGGUAUGGGUGGAUUGGACUGUCGAGGUAUAUGUAUGUGAAUAGCCUGGUGCUGGAAAAGGUUGAAGCUGCCAGUGUUGCUGCAAAGGUCAAAGAGUAG